ACAAUAAAAAACUAUUUCCACAUCUAUUCCUGGUAAGUCAAAGGCAAAAAAUAGAAUGGGAGCGUUUGAAGAGUUACCGGAAGGGUGCAUCGCCGCCGUGCUCUCUCUUACAACUCCGGCUGACGCCGGCAGACUCGCCGUCGUUUCAAAAACUUUCCGUUCCGCCGCCGAUUCUGACGCCGUUUGGAAUCAUUUUCUCCGUUCCGACCCCCAAUUCUUUGACUUUAUCAUAUCACACUCUCCUUCCUUUGCAAACAUUCCUACAAAAAAGUCUCUCUAUCUUGCCCUCUCUAAUCACCCUAUCAUCAUCGACGAUGGUAAAAAGAGCGUUCAAUUGGAUAGAAAGAGUGGAAAAAAGUGUGUCAUGCUUGCUGCUAGAUCUCUCGACAUUGAUUGGGAUGAUGAUGAUGAAUAUCGAAACUGGACUGCUAUGCCUGAUUCUAGGUUCCCUGAAGUUGUUGAGCUUCUUAACAUGUGUCGGCUUGAAAUUUGUGGCAAGAUAAACACCCUUACCUUGUCUCCAAAUACUCUGUAUGCAACUUAUCUUGUGUUCAAGAUGAUUGAUGGCUUUGGUUUUGAGAAUGAGAACUAUCCGGUGGAGUUAUCAAUUGGUGUCGAAGGUGGCCAUUGUUUAACCAAGAUUGUCAUUUUGGUGGAUCCAGAUGUGGAAUGUAAGCGGCUCAACAGAAUAUUAGGUAGCCAAGACAACAAAGUAUUUAGACUGAAACGUCCUAGUAUGAGAAGUGAUGAGUGGUUGGAAACUGAGAUGGGAGAGUUCUUCAUUUCAGGCUUACCAGAUGAAGAAGUCCAAAUGAGUAUUACUGGGAUAAAGGAUGGUUAUUAUUGGAAGAGAGGUUUCUUUGUUGAAGGAAUAGAAGUUAGGCCUAAGGAAGACAAUAAACAACAUACACUGAACUAUGCAGGGGUCUUGUGUCUUGGAUUUCAGAAUAGUGCAUAACUAGAAGAAGCAAAUAGAAUUUGACAGAUCUUUGCCAUCAAGAUGAUUGAUGGUAAUAUACAAAUAUGUUGAGAGUAAAUACCAACAUCUAUUGAGUUUGACAGUUCUGUACUGUUUCAGUCUUGGCUCUUGGUUACCAAUUUUGUUUUGAAAUGAUUGAUUCUCUACUGCUACUCUCCUUAUCAA